AUGAUCGUGGUCGAGAAACAACCUCGACCAGCGCUCGCGCUCAGCGCUCAACGCCAAUGCGCCCACGUGAAGUUCGACUAUGGUCAAUCGCGGCACAUUCGAGGCCUCAAUUACUACCCUGCACCACCACCACCACCACCACCACCUCCUCCUCCUUCUUCUCAUCGUCGCUCUCGCCGUCUCGACCGUCAACAGCCCACCUUCCGAUAUCCACUUCAUAACCCGAGCAACGCUGCUCACGUCUCUGUGCCUCAAGCGCCACUGGGCAACGCAACAAACGGUCCCAUCAAGCCACUUGGCGCAAAGGCUAUGUUUGACCGUCGGUUUGCCAAGCAAAACUCGAACUUUGUUUCGCCGACUGAUAACAUGAUGACACCAACAACGCAGAAAAUCAAUGCGGCAAAGAAGAAGCACUUCAACAAGGGUGCGAAGCCGAUGGGAGGGUUAUUCCAGCAGAAAGAGGCAACAUCGGAGGACGCGUCCAGCGGAGAAGAUAUUGAUGAGUCCACGGCUGCCGUCGAAGCAGAAGAUGGGCCGGUUACUCAUUCCGUCACGGAUACCGACGACAACCCCUUCUAG